CGGACCUCGAGGCCGUGCUGGCCGAUGUCAGCUACCUGAUGGCGAUGGAGAAGAGCAAGGCGACCCCGGCCGCCCGCGCCAGCAAGAAGAUUGUGCUGCCAGAGCCCAGUGGCAGUAUAAAGCUAAUACAUCCAUGGUAUCCGAAAGGGAGAGCCCCAGACAGCACAUAUCAAAACAGAACAUCUUACCCAUUACCACUGGCAGUGAAAAUAUGCUACUAACUUCAUCCCUGAGAAGUGACAAUCAAAAAGUAUCCGGAGUGUGAUGCAGAAGUAUCUUCAGGAGAGAAAUGAAAUCACCUUUGACAAGAUUUUUAAUCAGAAGAUUGGUUUCUUGCUAUUUAAAGAUUUCUGUUUGAAUGAAAUUAAUGAAGCUGUGCCUCAGGUGAAGUUUUAUGAAGAGAUAAAAGAAUAUGAGAAGCUCGAAAAUGAGGAAGACCGCCUUUGCAGAAGCCGGCAAAUUUAUGACACCUACAUCAUGAAGGAGCUCCUGUCUUGCUCACACCCAUUCUCAAAGCAAGCCGUAGAGCAUGUUCAAAGUCACCUAUCCAAGAAGCAAGUGACAUCAACUCUUUUCCAGCCCUACAUAGAAGAAAUUUGUGAAAGUCUUCGAGGCAACAUUUUUCAAAAAUUUAUGGAAAGUGACAAGUUCACCCGAUUCUGUCAGUGGAAAAACGUAGAAUUAAAUAUCCAUUUGACCAUGAAUGAUUUCAGCGUGCACAGGAUCAUUGGACGAGGAGGAUUUGGUGAAGUGUAUGGUUGCAGGAAAGCAGACACUGGAAAAAUGUAUGCAAUGAAAUGCUUGGAUAAGAAGAGGAUCAAGAUGAAACAAGGAGAAACAUUAGCCUUAAAUGAGAGGAUUAUGUUGUCUCUUGUGAGCACAGGGGACUGUCCAUUCAUUGUCUGUAUGACCUAUGCCUUCCACACUCCAGAUAAGCUCUGCUUCAUCUUGGAUCUGAUGAACGGAGGCGAUUUGCACUACCACCUUUCACAACAUGGGGUGUUUUCAGAGAAGGAGAUGAGGUUUUAUGCCACGGAAAUCAUCCUGGGGCUGGAGCACAUGCACAGUCGGUUUGUGGUUUACAGAGAUCUGAAGCCUGCAAAUAUUCUCUUGGAUGAACACGGACAUGUCAGGAUAUCUGAUCUCGGUCUCGCCUGUGACUUUUCCAAAAAGAAGCCCCAUGCGAGUGUGGGCACCCAUGGGUACAUGGCUCCCGAGGUCCUGCAGAAGGGGACAGCGUAUGACAGCAGUGCCGACUGGUUCUCCCUGGGCUGCAUGCUUUUCAAGCUCCUGCGAGGGCACAGCCCUUUCAGACAACACAAAACCAAAGACAAGCAUGAGAUAGACCGAAUGACCCUCACCGUGAAUGUGGAGCUCCCGGAGGCCUUCUCCCCGGAACUGCGGUCCCUUCUAGAAGGCCUGCUCCAGAGAGACGCCAGUAAGCGGCUCGGCUGCCAUGGAGGCGGGGCACAGGAAGUGAAGGAGCACAUCUUUUUCAAAGGCAUCGAUUGGCAGCAAGUCUACUUACAAAAGUACCCUCCACCUUUGAUUCCCCCCCGGGGAGAAGUCAAUGCUGCCGACGCCUUUGACAUUGGCUCCUUUGAUGAAGAGGAUACCAAGGGCAUCAAGCUUCUUGAUUGCGACCAAGAUCUCUACAAGAACUUCCCCUUGGUGAUCUCCGAGCGCUGGCAGCAGGAAGUAGCAGAAACAGUUUAUGAAGCAGUAAAUGCAGACACGGAUAAAAUCGAGGCCAGAAAGAGAGCUAAAAAUAAGCAACUUGGACACGAAGAAGAUUACGCUCUAGGAAGGGACUGUAUCAUGCACGGGUACAUGCUGAAGCUGGGGAACCCGUUCCUGACUCAGUGGCAGCGUCGGUAUUUUUACCUCUUUCCCAACAGACUUGAGUGGAGAGGAGAGGGCGAGUCCCGGCAAAAUUUACUGACAAUGGAACAGAUUCUAUCUGUGGAAGAAACUCAGAUUAAAGACAAAAAGUGCAUUUUGUUGAGGAUAAAAGGAGGAAAGCAAUUUGUCUUGCAAUGUGAGAGCGACCCCGAGUUUGUGCAGUGGAAGAAGGAGCUGACGGAAACCUUCACGGAGGCUCAGCGGCUGCUGCGCCGUGCCCCCAAGUUCCUCAACAAGUCCCGGCCCGGCGUGGUGGAGCUCUCCAAGCCGCCUCUCUGCCACAGGAACAGCAAUGGACUCUGACGCCCUGGAUGGGAGGGCCCCGGGGAGAUGGGGCCUCGAGGAAGCCCACACUGGGGGCUUUCAGCCCUUGACGGGGAGCCUUUUGGAGAAGUCCGGGGGUCAGAGGUUUGGUCCGUUUGUCCCUGGGGCCCUUCCACAUCUGGCAGUACCCAGGUCGCCGAGGUGCUCCUUGGAGGAGCUGUGCCCAUGGUCGGGCCCGGCCGGCCUCCCACCCCUCCUGAGUUCCUCCUGCACAUGACUCUGUCCAUGCUCGAAACUACUGAAGAGACGAACGGAAGUUCUUUUCCUUUCUUGCACACCUGUUUGGGUAGACGUGAACCUCGAACUUGAAAUGUCUGUAUGUCUGAUAGCAAACAUAUCUUAGACUUGCCAAGACAGAGGGCAGCCCCGCUGCGGCAGGUGCCAGGUGACCCGAGGGCCGUCCUGUGUCUUCUGCUGGGCUCCUCCAUGUCCGCUCAUGCUUCUGGGCCCUGGGAGGUCAACGCACAUUUCCUCCGUGCGCUUCAGCACCAACCAGCCUCCUGAUGCCCCAUGUGGCGAGCUGAGGAUAGUUUCUGAGAAGGUUGCUCUCGGGCCCCUGCCCUGCUGCGGCCCCACCCAGGUCCCCGCCUGGGUCCCACAGGGAACAGAGAGAGCUUGCCUUCAGAGGACUUGGGGGUCGCUCGUUGCUGACAGCGUUCAACAGUGGAUGCUUGGAAGGCUUCAUAGGGACUCUGAAGGACAGGCGGGGGCGUUAAACUUUCAGGGCAACAGUGAUUUUCAGACAAAUCGCACUUUCACCUGUCUGGGCAUACACGGACACUUGGGGCUGAGUCUGUCUGGGGCUCCGACGAUAAGCAGUUACAGGACACAGUCAUCCUUGUUCCUGCCCCCGGAACACAUACCUGCAGCCAGCGUGUGAAGGAAGGAAAGAAUUGCUCUGUCUUACGUUGUAGUAUAAUUUAAAAUGCAUUUUAUUGACAAAGGAAUGCUGAAGAAUGAAUGUGCUGGAAUGAGUUAACUGUGUAUGAUGACUUCCGUCUCACCCUUUGCCUGUCAUUAGUGAGUGGUACUGGGCCGUGGGUGGGUAGUCCCACGGUUCUCCCACGACACAUCCGACAGCCUUUUCACGCCCCAAUAAAUGCUGGGCUAGAAGAACCAGUGUGUUUCCCAGUGAAGUCCUUUCUAUCACCAGACUGAAAAUAAUAACAGUGAUUUUUGAAGUCCCCAUAUCUGUCUUACUCUACGUGCAAUCCUGUUGUAUGUUCCUAAGUUAACUACUGACAGUACAGAUGACAGCAUCAUGACCUGCAUCCUGCCCUUGAUAUUUGUACCGCCUCCAGAUCUCCAUGCACUGUGGUUGUUGAGAAAAUGAGUACUUCUUAAUGAAAUUGUAUUUUGGGAGUUCGGAAGGUGAUUACCAAGAGUUUUUUAUUUCAUAGGGCUCCCUUUGGAAGGGAAAUUUGGAGGUCCACUCCCCAUCUGAGCUAUCAGUUGGGGUUUAAAUCAACACAUGUGUUCUACUCGGCUCUUUCUAGUAGAGGAGGACAGAGGCACUCUUUACGUGCCUUGCUCUGGUUUUAAAAGGGAAGAAUGGCGUUCACAUUGUUUUUUAGGUAGUCGUUCCUCAUAAAGGGUGAGUGCCUUGCAGCUAUGGUUAAUGACCACAGUCACUGCUGUCGCGGCCCCAUCCCGGGCGCCCAUCAUUCAGCACUUACAGGCUGGGAAUGGGUGUGCCCUGCACCUCUGCCAAACAGAGCCAACGCCCUCCUAUUGAGGAGGACACAGACUCCUUUGGGGUCUGGGCUUAGUCUUUCCCACUUACCACCUAGGGCAUUAGCCAUGCGAGCCUGCAGCUCUUUGAAAGACACCAUCUUUGCUCUGGAGAAGAACAGGUGGCUCAUCUGUCCUCGGAAAGGAAACAGGAAUUGGAAGUCUUGCCUCAAACCUAAAUUGGAAGCGCCAGGGUCUCGUCGGUGGGUCUGCUACCUGUGCUUGUCCCCGAAGCCGUCUGAUAGGGCCAGCGUCCCCGCUGCCACUCGGAAAACACUUCCGGACCCUUCUGUGCCAGCAACUUGUGCCUGCAAGGCUAGAGAAGGCCGCCACUCUGCAGAGCUAUUCUAGAACGUUCCAAGAGUGUGACCUCAUUCCUCGAUGGCUGACCCUUCAACAUGCAGACCACGAGGAAGGACAAGAUGCAGCAUACAUUUUCUCACUUGAAGAAGAUAAAGUUGACGUUAUUUUUAUAAAGUUAUAAUGUCUUGACUUCAUGAAUUAAGGGAAUUAAUCAAGCAAAGUCUAAAAGAUGACUUUAAGCUGCUCUACAAAGUAUAUGGAAGAAGCUAAAAACUUCAGUGAAUCCAAGUUUAUUUUUCCAGGCGAGAAUAUUCUCUCCGGUGCAUUUGCCCCUUCACGGCACUGGGAGGCAUGCUUUUUCCCUUCUGCAUCGUGUUUAAGGAUGAUUUUUCAGCAAAACUUCUAGAAAUUAGCCUUUUCACUGCUAAAGCAAAUCUUUUCGCUACUCAUGCCUCUGAUUGGCCAAUCCACGGAUGUGACAGUUUCAAAAUUUGUGUGGAACAGGAGGGACCAGAUGUGGAGGAAAGCAGGCCUCCCGCUCAGGAAAGUCCACGCCAGCAGCACACAGCCAUCCGUUUGGAGCAAGACCUAGCUUGACAUGUGAUUUGAAAUGCGUCCUGUGGACACCAGAAACUAUUGUUUUAAGGCCCUCAUGGGCCCUUACAGGAUAUCCUUUACCCAUUCACAGGGAGCUUUAACUCCACGAAAAAGAUCAAAGUGUGAUCUUUCUCUGAUGAUUUGAAAAAUGUCACUCGGAAUUUGUAGUCGGGGCGGUUGGACACAGCAUUUGACUUUUCGAUGGAGUUGAUUUUUCACAUCAAGAGAAAGCCAGAUUCUCAAAGUCAAGCCCUUGUUCACUUGCUGUAAAUCUAUGAAAGGUACUUUGAAAUGUGCUGGGGUAGGAGAAGACCGAUUCCGUAGGACUUAGUCAUAUGUGAUUUUUUUUUUUUUUCUUAGUAAUUUUGUUCAGAGAAGUGUUUCUGGGUCAUUUGGAGACGCCUAAUGAAUUAUCUCCACACCCCCGAGGACUGGUGAUGUUUGUGCCCGGAGAGGAGGUGGGCUUCACGGGAGCAUGGGAUAGGUGGUGGCUGGGGGAGCCAUGGGCAGGUGGAGUGGGUGUCUCCCAGACAAGAACAAUGGUAGAAAUGGGGCAAGGAAGGCCGUAACUUGCAGGUAAAAAAAAAAAAAAAGUCACUCCCUUUACAUGAAGCACCAAAGAAAUGACUGACUAAAGUUGGCUGAUUCCUUCCCUCUUUACAGAGGGAGUUGAAUAGUAAUGAUUGUGAGAUAUGGUCGCUUUAUUUUCGAUUAUGGAGCCACUGGAAUUACGAAUAGCCCAUCAACUUCCCGUCAGGGCCCUGCGUGCCCUCCAGCACCCUCCAGGAAGGCACCUGGCACCCAGAGCUACCGUACCCCUCACCCCAUCUUUGCGCACCUUGCAACCAUCGGCAGGUCCAGGCAUGGGGGCUGGGUGGCCCCCCCUCGGGGCCCUGUGGCCAGCUACAGACCUUCGUCACUCGUCCACUGGGGCCACAAUAAGAUUUUCCAGACCAGUGACUCCCGGCUUGCUGUUUAAGCCAUGCCCACUUCCAGAGGGAGCUUUAAUAGUUGAAGUGUUUGGAAAACAUUUUUCCCUGGAGACC